ACUGCUCAUGUAUCUGGUUCAAAGUCAGUUGAUGAAGGUGCUAGCUAUAUCUGGUGUCAUUUGAUUGGAAUAUUGUACUUGAUGUAGAUUUGUUAACAAUGACCUUAUGCUGAAUGAACCGGAAGGACUUCCACUACAUUAUUCUGUGCAACGAGGCUUGCCACUACACGUUUUGCUUAAGCUUGCACUUCUCGAAUUAAUAGUAACUAAUAAAAUUGCUUUAUGGAGUUAUAUACUUCCGGUUAUGUAAAGGACGUAGUUCUCUUAACUGCUUUAACAUAAAAGAUUCACGUUGACUUUUUAAAUGAGGUAAAAUAACAUUUCCAAUAUUCACACUACUCGGUUCUCUGGGUCACGCACGUUUUUGAUUUGUGUCUCAGGGCUCUCUGACUAACAUGGCUAUAUAUGAUUACGAGGGGCACGUAGAUGAUGAUGAUGUUGAAUCGAAUAAGGAUGUCCCCAUAGACACAGCAUGGGAAUUACAACAAAGAAGACUUUUACCGCGUGGUGCAAUGCUCACUUAAGAAAUGUUAAUAAACAAAUUAACGUCAUAGAAAAUGAUUUUCGCGAUGGAGUAAUGUUAAUCAAAUUACUUGAAGUUAUCUCUGGUGAAUCAUUACCGGGUCCUGAGAGGGGAAUGCUGAGGUUUCAUAAAAUUGCUAAUGUAAACAAAGCUCUCGAUUUUAUCCAGAGCAAAGGCGUCAAGCUGGUGUCUAUCGGCGCUGAGGAAAUUGUCGACGGGAAUCCAAAAAUGACUCUUGGGAUGAUAUGGACAAUCAUUCUUCGCUUUGCUAUCCAGGAUAUCCAGAUAGAAGAUUCAUCUGCUAAGGAGGGUUUGCUGCUUUGGUGUCAAAGACAGACUGCACCGUACAAAAAUGUGUGCGUCGAGAAUUUCCACACUAGUUUUAAGGAUGGACUAGCGUUUUGUGCCAUAAUACAUAGAAAUCGGCCUCACCUAAUUGAUUACUCUCAACUCAAAAAGGGUGAUCACAUCAAAAAUCUAAAUCUUGCUUUUGAAAUAGCGGAAAAACACCUUGACAUUCCAAAAAUGCUCGAUCCAGAAGAUAUGGCAAGCCGCAAGAACUGUGAUGAGCAAUCUGUGAUGGCUUACUUGUCUUCAUAUUAUCAUAUGUUCUCAGGAUCUCACAAGACUGACAUCGCAGCUACUCGUAUCGCUAAUAAUCUUCGGAUGAUUAGGGAAAAUCAAAAUCUAGAAGAAUGCUACGAAACAAUUUCGACUAACCUUUCGGACUGGAUAAAAAUAAAGCUACGAGAAUUCGGACAACGUGAUCCUCAAACAUCUGUUUCCGCUGUUGAAGGACUACAGCAGAAGUUUAGAUUGUAUUACCGCCAAGAAAAACCAUCUAAGUUACAGGAAAAAGCUCGCUUAGAGACAACCUACAAUACACUCCAGACUCGUCUGCGAUUAAACAAUAAGUCUCCUUAUGUACCAGCCAACGGACGCUUGAUAACGGAUGUUGCUAAGAAUUGGAGUUCUUUAGAACAGGCUGAUAAAAUCUAUGAGGAAUGGCUAUUAGAAGAACUACAAAGGCUAGAGCGUCUUGAAUAUCUGGCUAAGAAAUUCGAGGUGAAAUGCUCCACUCAUGAGGCAUGGACUAAUGGGAAACCAGAAGCGUUGGCUUCAAAUGACUUCCGCUCAGCUAUGCUAUCGGAAAUGAGGGCAUUUCAAAAGAAACAUGAGGCUUUUCAAUCGGAUAUGACUGCUCAUCAUGCUCGCAUAGAGCACAUUCAGGCGCUUACCGAAGAACUUAAUAAACUGAAUCAUUUUAACAUAAAUGCUUUCAAUCAACGUUACAAUACCAUUAUAACCACAUGGGAUGAAAUGAAAAAGUUGUCCUCUCAAAGAGAACGAGAAAUAUCUAAAGCUUUGACAGCUCUGGAAGAAAUCGACCAGCUUCACCUCGAUUUCGCGAAACGAGCUGCACCAUUUAACAAUUGGAUGGAACAAACAGAAGAGGAUUUACGAGAUACAUUCAUUGUUCAUACAAUGCCUGAAGUUGAGAGAUUAAUUGCAGCCCAUCAAACAUUUGAAAAUACCUUAGAUGAAGCUGAGAACGAAAGUCGUCAACUCCAGUUGUGUGCACAAAAGGUUGAAGAAAUAGCUAGUGAAUAUAAACUGGUGAAUGCAACUCAAAAUCCUUAUACAAAUAUUGAACCUCAUGUGCUUCCACAGCGUUGGAAUAUGAUUCGUGAAUUAACACAGAAAAGAAGUGCAUUAUUACAUAGGGAACGUGAACGUCAACUAGCAAAUGAGAAAUUACGACGCGAAUUUGCACAGAAAGCCGAAGCAUUCAAUUCAUCUAUUGAAACUCAUCGUACGGAAAUUGUUAAAGUUAGCAUGGAAUCACAUAGUUCACUAGAGGAUCAACGAAAUAAUUUACAGAAAUUGGAAGAAGAAUUAAAUAGGCAUCAGGAUAAGUUGAAUGAAUUAGAACACGUUAAUCAGGCAUUAGAAGAUGCCUAUAUAUUUGAAAAUCCAUAUACUGUUUACUCAAUGCCAACACUGCGCGUUGCAUGGGAACAAUUGUUCACUUUAUUACACUACUCUGUCAAUGAAAUAGACAAUCAGAUAUUAACAAGAGAUUCCAGAGGAUUAACAGCUGAACAAAUGAAUGAUCUGCGUACUUGUUUCAAACAUUUUGAUAAAAAUAAUACUGGACGUUUAGAGCCAAAUGAAUUUAAGGCUUGUCUUGUUUCAUUAGGUUAUAAUUUUAGAGAUGAUAUAAAAAAUUCAUUGCCAAAUCUGGCAUCUGGUUCUCGUGGCUCCGUAUGCGCGGAAACGGAUUUCUCACGUAUUGUUAAUGAAGUUGAUCCCGGUCAUACAGGUUACAUAUCAUUUGAUGCAUUCCUAAACUUUAUGACACGAGAUAAUGUUGACGAGGCAACUGAAGAACAACUUAUUCAAUCAUUUAAAACACUUGGAGGUGAUAAAGGAUAUAUCACUCCUCAGGAUAUCAAAGAACGUCUUUCUGCUAGUGAUGCUGAAUAUUGUUUACAGAAUAUGCCUGUAUUAAAUGGACCAACGGGAGAUUCUGGUGCAUUAGACUAUGAAUCUUUUGCCUACAGUAUAUGUGGUCGUAAACCAACAUCAUGAUGAUAUUGAUGAUAUAAUUGUGUUUAAAAGUUUUGUGCUUCAUUGUUUGUUAGUUUGUAUAACAUCAUUCCAUUUUGUACUCGUUUGUUUAAUUAUUAGUAUUUUUAUUUACAUAAUGUUAAGUUUUUACUUUGUAUCAUUCAUACCGAAGAAAAUGGCAGUUUGCUAUUUUUUUCGUUUUUUUUCUCUAGAAAAAAAUUAAUUUUGUGGGACAACACAGUAUUAUUGUUCUUCGGUAUUUUUUCCGUCCAUCUUAUUCCCCAAUUUUUAAUAUAACUAAAUUUCCCAAGAUAUAUAUUCUUGUAUUUAUCAAAUAUAUACGGAUGUAUGAUUUUUCUUCAUAAGCUGAUAAUGCUUGGUUAGUUUGAGAUAAAAGUACAUCAUUUGAAAUGGUCCCUAUAUCAACUGAACAUUGUUAUCGAUAGUGGUUGAUUUCGUUUCUUCCUGUCUCAGUGUAACACGUUUAGAUUCUGUUGCUUCAUAAUUAAAAAAAUUGUUUCGUUUUAACCACUCAUCGUUUUUUUUACAACAGGUUGUUUACCAUUUUGAUUCAUUUCAACCUAUUACUCAAUAAUUCCACCAUUUUAGUUGGUCAUAUACACACGCGCACACAUGUUAAUGUGUUGUUUUUCUCCACAGCAAUAACGUAGUAGUAUGAGAAGGAAUAUUUAAAUUUUAAUCUAUAAGAGAAGUUUGUAUUAACUGACAGUAUUAUAAUUAAUUUAUUAUUUCUUGUUUGAGUUCCCUAAAUUAAAACGAAAUACCCUUAUGUGUCUGUUAUUUAUACAUUAAAUUAAAUUUCAUUUUUUUCGAUAAAAUACAAACUUGAGUGUUUACAAUUUUUGUUCACACAUUACUUUAUCUGGAUUUUUUCUUCUACUAACAUUUUAAUUUUGUCAGUUUCCACUCUUUAUUUUUUCCCUCUUUAUAUACCUCUUAUUUAGUACAGUUGGAAAUGUAUAAUCUUCCAAGUAAAUUUUUUUUUUAAUGUUUAAACUCACGCUCUACGUACUAAGAUAUCCUUAUAAACUCCUCUGAUACCCAAGUCUUCGUUAGUCUUCUUGUUUGUGAUUUAUCUGUGUGUGUUUUUUUUUUUUUCAAAUUUGGUCAUUGUUGCAUCAAUUUUCGUAAUAAAAUGAAAUAAAUUUUAAUAAAUUCUUUUAACCAACAAAUAUUUUGUUUGUUGCAUUUUUUUAUAACACGAUUUUUGUUGGUAUGACUAAGGAAUGAAUGUAUAAGUAUGAUCGUUCGUUGUUGAUGUGUGAUAUAUGUGAAUUAGUAGAUUUAUAUGGAUCUGCCUAUAUGUGAUGUUCAACAUACACACAUAUAAUUGAAAGUUAAUUUGUAUAAUAAAAUCAUGUUUAUGUU